AUGUUUUUUAAAAUUAUUCUUAUAACAAACGCAGUUGCCUUGCUUGCUUUUCGUUCAAACACAACAAAUCAAAGGUCAGUAAUGCAGCAGUUUUUUCCUGUUUACAAGAAUUUUGUAUAUGAUUCAGUGUUCUUGCAUGCACACACAGUGUUAGUGUCUGUGAAUUGAAGAGUCUUACCAGAGAAAAAUAUGUCACACGUUUUCACGAUACUCGACGUUUUUUAAAAGUUUGAAAUGAAAGAGGUAUAUGUCAAAGCUGAAACAGUAUAGUUAUCACAUUAUUAAGGGUCAUAUAAUACUGUAAUUGAAAAUCCCAUUUGUGGAAAUCCAGUGUAUAGAUAAAAUUCUACACAAUAUUGUGUCUGAACUACGAAAAGAUUAAGAACCCAUUUUUGAUGAAAUUUUUUAAUUAAUAUUUUUCUAACCACAAUGGGCGGCUUUAACUCUCGAGUGAAAAACCACAGGCAAUCAGUUCAUCCUGGCUUCUUAUUACAAACAUUAGCUUAUCAAGUAUAUACGAUUGCUCCAUAUUACCAUAAGAUAACAGAAAAUAUUAGUGUUUGAUUCAGUAUAUAGAGUCACAGGGCCUUCGCGCGUCAGACAGUAUGUGAUUGAAGAAAUACUAAUUAUCUGAAGAAGACCGUUUGCUUGAAAAGAAAUAUUUUUCGAGCUUAACUGUCAAUAGCCCUAUUCACAUUAGAGACGGACAAGUCGUCUAGACGAACAAAUCGUCUCUCAAAAAUCGUCUUCACAGACGGACAAGUAGUCGAACAAAUUCAGACGACUUGUUCGUCUAAAAUUCUGUACGACACGUUUUCACAUCUGACGAUUUGUCCGACUAGAAGACGAUUUUGAGACGAUUUGUUCGUCUAGACGACUUGUCCGUCUUCUAAUGUGAAAACGGCUAUUGGCACGUUCAUAUGCAUUUGAGGGACGGUGCCACGAAUGGAUACUUUUACGGUUCACUUGGUGUGCAUGUUCUUUUUGGUGUUGUGAUAUUUUUCUGUCACCUUCUUGCUGUAUGCAUUUUUUCAGAUUUAUUUUUGCUUGCCAUGGAUUUUUUUCUGCCCCUCCCCCCUUUACUAUUUUAAUUGCGCGUCGCUAAUUAAUGAGUAAUAUCCUCAUAUGUUUCGCAGAUGUACGAAUAUAUUUAUAUUUGACCUUAACCUCAAUCAGUACCUUUUCUUAACCCUGACUGUAUAUUGUAAGUGAAAAAUGAGAAUGAAUUAAUUAGUCUUUUGUCUUCGUGUAGCGUCAAGCAAGAGACAUGGAGAAACAACAGAACUCGAGUUUUGCUGGAAUUUUUACAAACAAAAAGCUACGACAGUCAUACUGCACCAGGUAAAGUUCACCUCUAGGAAGAACAGUUUAGAACCGGAUUCAUAUUCUGUAUAGAUAAAGAUAGAUUCCUAUACUUAAAAUUUUCGUCAGCAAACGGCGCUGCAAUACGGGCUGGACCUCUAGGAAGAACAGUUUAGAACUGAUAGAGCUAUCCAGUAUAAAUAACAUUAGUUUAGUUUAGGUUUUCUCCUGUAGUAACACUGGAUCAAUAAGAGAUGAUCCUUACUGGACCCCUAGGGAGAACAGUUUAGAACUGAUAGAGCUAUCCAGUAUAAAUAAAGUGAGUUUAGUUUAGGUUUUCUCCUGUAGUAACACUGGGUCAAUAAGAGAUGAUCCUUACUGGACCCCUACGGAGAACAUUUUAGAACUGAUAGAGCUAUCCAGUAUAAAUAAUGUUAGUUUAGUUUUAGUUUUUAAUGUUAGUUUUGUUUUUAGUUUUUUUUGUUUAUUCAAAGAACUUAAUGUUAGUUUAGUUUAGGUUUUCUCCUGUAGUAACACUGGAUCAAUGAGAUCUUUACUGGAUCUCUAGGGAGAACAGUUUAGUACUGAUAUAGCUAGAUAGAGCUAUCUAUUAAUUAGAUUUGAUUUUGGUCAACAUAUUUUUUCCCUUUUUCCAGGACAACCGCUUAAACUAGAUGUACAACUGGUUAUCGAAUCUUUUGACGAUAUUAAAGAAUCUUCAAUGGUAACGAGGUUCUUGUCAUUGAUAAAAAUUAUUAAUUUUUAACAUAAACUAUAUACUAUAUUCUUACUACAUUUUCUAGGAAUUCUCGCUGUACGUGUAUUUGGUUCAGAAAUGGACAGACCCUCGUCUGAAGGACGUGGUGAACACCUCGACAGUGGUUAUAGGAAAGGAUAUUGGUUUAUUUUGGAUCCCAGACACAUACUGUGUUAACGCAAGACAAAGUGAUCUAAUGAUGACUGAUGAACACGCGCAUAGCAUGAUUAAACUGGAUCCGUCUGGACGUCUGACAUACAGUAGAGGGUGGGUUGAGACAAAAAUUAUUUUGCUACAUUCAUUAUCAUCCUGAUAUUAUUAUUAUUAUUAUAUUAUUAUUAUUAUUAUUAUUAUUAUUAUUAAAAACUUUGUAUGCUCCCCAAAAGGCUUUUCAGCAUACAAUUACAAUAUGCGAUAUAUCUCGUUAAGGAAGGUCGGGUCUCGUAACGUUAUCAUCAUCAACAAUAUCAUCACCAUCAACAACAUCAUCACCAAACAUCAUCACCAUCAACAACAUCAUCACCAUCAACAACAUCUUCACCAUCAACAACAUCAUCAUCAAACAUCAUCACCAUCAACAACAUCAUCACCACCAUCAACAACAUCACCAUCAACAACAUCAUCGUCACCAUCAACAUCAUCAUCAAACAUCAUCACCAUCACCAUCAACAUCAUCAUCACCACCAUCAACAACAUCACCAUCAACAACAUCAUCGUCACCAUCAACAACAUCAUCAUCAAACAUCAUCACCAUCAACAACAUCAUCACCAUCAACAACAUCACCAUCAAACAUCAUCACCAUCAACAACAUCAUCGUCACCAUCAACAACAUCAUCAUCAAACAUCAUCACCAUCAACAACAUCAUCACCAUCAACAACAUCACCAUCAAACAUCAUCACCAUCAACAACAUCAUCGUCACCAUCAACAACAUCAUCACCAUCAAACAUGA